AUGUUAGAUAUCAGAAUUAUCGCAAAGAAAAAUCUUUUGAAGAAAACAGAAAGUGAAACUGAACUAUUAGCAUAGUCAGGAUUAUUAUCAAUCCAUUAUUAAGGUUUGUCAAGAAUAAAGAAUAAUCCACAAUAAAUUGUUGCCAUUGAGGUGACUAAUGAAAGUGUCUCUAAUUCAUUUAAGGCUUUCGUAUUAAAUGGUUGGUAUUUAGAGUUAAACAUUAAGAACGAAAUAAGGACAAGAAACAUAAUUAGAGCUUAUGCUAUUAUUCCAAAGCUACUAAUGAAAACGGAGAUAAAAAUAAUAACAAUUUUCCUGUACAUUAUCACGAUUUCCCAGUAAAAGAAUUCAAUUUUAUAACCACGAUAUAAAAACCCAUACAUCUCUCUGAUAUAAUAGUUUUCUAGAUUCUAUCUGAGUUUGAAUAACAUUGCCAAUGCAAAAAAAGGAAUUCCUAUCCCCCAUAUUAAAAUGCUUGACUAGAUGUAAAUCUGGCAUCUACAAAAAAUCUACCUUGAAAAAAUUUGUUAUAAAAAAACCAAAAUGAAAAGCAAACAAAUGUCAAAAAGAAUGGAAGUAGGGCUACAAUAAUCAGCUUAUGGAACAACACUCUAUCCCAUUAGGAAUGGUUAUCAUAAUCAUCAUUUUAAUCCAGAAAGCAGUCGAUACUAAAAACCUGAGUUGAAACUUCAGCUACUUAAUUUGUACGCCCAAAAAAUUAUAGAAUUUGCUCAGACCAUUAAAAAUCAAAUGAAGAAGUCAUAAGUAAUAGUUAAAAAUGAUUGA